UUACGAUUGUUAGCGAACAUUAAUAACACUAAUAAUGAAGAAUGUGUCAUGUAGGCUUAUCAGAGGUAUAUAUACAAUAUUGUGCUUCUUCAAUUUCCUGACAUUUGGUGAAACCUUCAGAAUCGAAGACAAAGGAAGACACAUCCCGGUGCAGAGACGUUUCCUCAUUGGUGAAACUACAAGCACUUCAUACCUGUCUGUAGAACAAUUUGCUUCUUGCUUCUUAACAUGCACACCAGGAUAUGAAAAAUUAAUCGAAGCAUGUUGUAAAACAGGAGCUGGCGUCGUUUGUUCAAAUCUACCAUGGACAGUGCUAAAACCUAUCUUAGGGAAGUGCCCAGGUCUGCUUACUGCCGCAUUACCUGCAGUUUCAGAGUUUAUAUCUCUGGAACAAUUUGCUGCCUGUUAUCUAGACUGUGUUGUCGGGUAUGAAAAAUUAACUACUGCAUGCUGUCAAUCAGGGCUUGAUGUCGUGUGCUCGAACCUUCCGUGGAGCAUGUUAAUAUAUUAUUUAGGGACUUGUACAAGCACGAUGACAAAUAAUAAUUCAAACACACCUUUACCGAGUUCAAUCCAUACGAUGACGUCACCAAUAACGACGACAACGACGACGACGACGACGACGGCAACAUUUCCAAAAUCUACGUCAUCGAUGACGACUCUUCGAACUUAUUGGUUACCAUGGGGCAGCUGGGGUUGUGAAAUCUUUGAAGGAACUUGUUUUCAAAAACGUUCACGAAACUGUUCAACGGGAUUGGAUAGUGAUUGUAACACGCUCUCUGACGGUGUGUCCUACGACAUAGGUUUUUGCACGAUAUUGUCAUGUCCAGAAUUUUAUUUGACAACGCCCCCGACAACAAUGGCGACAACUCAGCAAGUUACCUGCCAGGACGAUCCACGUGCAAUUGGAUGUACGGAUACAUUGAUUCUGAGAGAAGUGUGCAUUAAAAAAGAAAGCGCCUGGAAACUAUGUAGGAAAUCAUGUGGUCUUUGUGAUACAUGCUGGGACUAUCUUAAUUGCUCCGCACAUGGAGCCCAGCAGUUGUUUUGUGGCAAUGACAAUUACGCUGUUCAAUACUGUAGGAAGACUUGUGGGAAAUGUGAUCAUAAACCUGUUGACGUGACGGUUAACAAGUGUGGUGAUCCGGUGUCGAGUGAAGAUAUCUGCGAAUAUCUACAAUCAGAAACGUGCAUAUGCAAUGACCCAGAUAUUCGAAACUUGUGCGGACACUACUGUAAUAACCAAUGCUUAUAUCACCCAUAUAAAGGCUCGGACUGCAGACCAGCACGGCGUAGGAAGAGAGAUGCAAUUGUAAACGAACUACUGUUAUCAAAACUGAUAUAAGAGAAUAAACAAUUACACUGCAGAUAA